GGUUCCACCUCAGCGGGACAGUAACAGAGCCAGCGACUGCAACAGAACCAGAGAUGACCUACAAGGUGGCCAUCAGCUUUGACCGCUGCAAAAUAACCUCAGUGACAUGCGGCUGCGGGAACAAGGACAUUUUUUACUGUGCCCACGUCGUGGCACUUUCACUGUACAGGAUCCGCAAGCCGGACCAGGUCAAACUCCGUCUUCCCAUCUCAGAGACCCUUUUCCAGAUGAACAGGGACCAGCUGCAGAAGUUUGUUCAGUAUUUGAUCACGGCACAUCACACCGAGGUGCUGCCCACUGCCCAGAAGUUGGCUGAUGAGAUCCUGUCGUCCAACUCAGAGAUCAACCAAGUGCAUGGUGCUCCUGACCCCACUGCUGGGGCCAGCAUUGACGACGAGAACUGCUGGCACUUGGAUGAGGAACAAGUCCGAGAGCAGGUGAAGCUGUUCCUAUCUCAGGGAGGAUACUACGGCUCGGGGAAGCAGCUCAACUCCAUGUUUGCCAAGGUCCGGGAGAUGCUGCGCAUGAGGGACUCCAAUGGCGCCAGGAUGCUGACGCUGAUAACGGAGCAGUUCAUGGCUGAUCCUCGGCUCUCUCUCUGGAGGCAGCAGGGAACAGGCAUAACGGAGAAGUGCCGGCAGCUCUGGGAUGAGCUGGGGGCGCUGUGGGUGUGCGUGGUGUUAAACCCGCACUGCAAGCUGGAAGAGAAGUCCUGCUGGCUCCGGCAGCUGCGCAAGUGGGGUGAGAUGGAUGUGUGUCCCCUGGAAGAUGGCAAUUACGGUAACGAGCUUCCCAACAUCACCAACGCGCUUACGCAGAGCUCUGGUCACAGCCAAGACUCGUUGGCCAGGCCCAGACGAACCGUGUUCACGCGAGCGAUCGAGGGCUGUGACCUGCACUGGCAGGACAGCCACUUACAGCGCAUCAUCAGCAGUGACUUCUACGUGUCUCCCUCCUACCAGCGGGAGGGCGAGAGCCUCCUCUUCAACUCCCAGGGGCAGCCGCUGUGGCUGGGGGGGGAACAUGUCCCGACUGCCUGCGCUCGGGUGGAUGCCCUGCGCUCCCAUGGCUAUCCCAGAGAAGCUCUCCGACUAACUGUUGCCAUAAUCAACACCCUGCGACUGCAGCAGCAAAGGCAGCUGGAGAUAUAUAAGCACCAGAAGAAAGAGCUGCUGCAGCGAGGAGCCACAACCAUCACUAACUUGGAGGGCUGGGUAGGCCACCCUCUGAACCCCAUCGGCUGCCUCUUUCUCACCCUGACUGAAGCUUGUAGGUUAGAAGAGGAAAAUUGCCUUGAAAUUUCAGAUGCUGGAGACUCCAAACCCCCAGUAUAUCAACACGUGCCCGUUGCGACCAGCAGCCAAGACAGUGGCGAGUCCUACCUGUCCCUGGCCUUAGAGGUGGCCCUGAUGGGGAUGGGUCAGCAGAGAGUGAUGCCUGAAGGUCUCUAUGCCCAGGACAAGGUGUGCCGCAAUGAGGAGCAGAUCAUUGCCCGGCUGCAGGACCUGGAGCUGGACCCAGUGCUGGUGCAGACCCUGCGGAAGCAGUGCAUCUUGCUGCUGGAAGGUGGUCCCUUCAGCGGCUUGGGAGAAGUCAUCCACCGUGAGAGUGUCCCCAUGCACACCUUUGCCAAAUACCUGUUCUCUGCCCUGCUGCCCCACGAUGCAGACCUGGCGUACAAGCUGGCUUUGCGGGCCAUGAGGUUGCCUGUGCUGGAGACAACGGCCCCAUCCGGCGAUGUGACUCACCCCCAUCACCUUGUCUCAGUGGUCCCCAGCAGAUACCCACGCUGGUUCACUCUGGGGCACCUGGAGUCGCAGCAGUGCGAGCUGGCCUCCACCAUGCUCACGGCAGCCAAAGGGGACAUGCUGCGCCUACGCACGGUGCUGGAGGCCAUCCAGAAGAACAUUCACUCCUCCUCCUUGAUCUUCAAGCUGGCUCAGGAUGCGUUCAAGAUCGCCACGCCAGCUGACAGCAACUCGGACACAACGCUGCUCAACGUGGCGCUGGAGCUGGGACUCCAGGUGAUGCGCAUGACCCUGUCCACCCUCAACUGGCGGCGGCGGGAGAUGGUGAGGUGGCUGGUGACGUGCGCUACUGAAGUGGGGGUGAGGGCCCUGGUGAGCAUCCUGCAGAGCUGGUACUCAUUGUUCACUCCCACGGAAGCCACCAGCAUUGUGGCAGCACCCGUGAUGUCCCACAACACCAUCCUGCGCUUGAGCCUGGACUACCCUCAGCGGGAAGAGCUGGCCAGCUGUGCCCGCACCCUGGCCCUGCAGUGCGCCAUGAAGGACCCCCAGAACUGCGCCCUGUCUGCCCUGACCCUCUGCGAGAAGGACCACAUCGCCUUCGAGACUGCCUACCAGAUCGUCAUUGACGCCGCCUCCACCGGCAUGACCUACACCCAGCUCUUCACCAUUGCCCGCUACAUGGAGCACCGGGGCUAUCCACUCCGGGCAUUCAAACUGGCCUCGUUGGCCAUGACGCAUCUCAACCUGGCCUACAACCAGGACACGCACCCAGCCAUCAACGACGUGCUCUGGGCCUGCGCCUUGAGCCAUUCUCUAGGCAAAAACGAGCUGGCAGCCAUCAUCCCACUGGUGGUGAAGAGCGUGCACUGUGCCACGGUGCUCUCGGACAUCCUUCGCCGCUGCACCAUGACGGCCCCAGGGCUGGCCGGCAUUCCCGGCCGCAGGAACUCGGGGAAGCUGAUGUCCACUGACAAAGCCCCGCUGCGGCAGCUGCUGCUGGACGCGACGAUAAGCGCCUACAUCAACACCACUCACUCCCGGCUCACCCACAUCAGCCCACGGCACUACGGGGAGUUCAUCGAGUUCCUCAGCAAGGCCAGGGAGACCUUCCUCCUGGCGCAGGACGGGCACAUACAGUUUGCCCAGUUCAUUGACAAUCUCAAACAAAUCUAUAAAGGCAAGAAAAAACUGAUGCUGCUGGUGCGGGAGCGGUUUGGGUGA